UGGGCUGCGCUGGACGGGUCGGGGGCGCUCGUGCGCGCGCGCGAGGCUUCUUAGCUGGGGGAAGCGGAGCGGGAGCCAAGCAGGCUGCUUUGCUUUGCGUGGCCGCGCGAGGCGCCUCCGACGGGGAGCCCGGCCGGCGCGCGGCCGCCAGGCUCGUGCCCGCCAGGCUCGUCCGCCCGCUGCUGCCGCGGGUCUGGCGCGAGGAGGAGCCACGGCCGCCUCGGCUGUGCGCGGGGCAGGAGGCGGCAUGGCUGCCCCGGCGGGGUCGGCCUGUCCGACGGCGCCGCGCUUCGCGGUGCAGCUGCGGCUGGUGAGCGAGGAGCAGCUGGCGCAGGGGCCGCUCCUGCUCCGCGCCGGGGCCAAGGCGCUCCGCCUGCAGCUGCAGCCCAGAGACGGAGAAGCCGAGCUGGCCGUGACCGACGCUGAUGGCGUUUGUGUGUUUAAAUGCUUGGUCAACAAAGAUACCGAAUAUUGCCGUGUGGGAAAAGAAUCAAUCUUGAUAUCGCUUGGCUAUAACAAUGCCUUACUUCAAUUCAGGUCCCAUUCUGAAUAUAGCAUGUUUUCAAAUGUGCUGAAGAACUGCAGGAAUUGGAAUAAGGAGCACUCCGUGUUCAAUCAGAGAACCGAAGAAUCCUCUGCAGCUCAAUAUUUUCAGGUAGAGGUCCAUUGCAUCACAAACCUAGAAGAGUUUUAUGGCUGCUUAUCCCAGCAACAGAACAUGAUGCAGGAUUUUGUAAGGACGGCCACAUAUCACAGAGCAAUACUACAGAACCAUAUAGAUUUUAAGGAUAAGGUGAUCCUAGAUGUUGGCUGUGGGUCAGGAAUCCUUUCGUUUUUUGCUGUGCAGGCUGGAGCGAGAAAAGUCUAUGCAGUGGAAGCCAGCUCUGUGGCCAAAUAUGCUGAGAUUCUAGUACAAAGUAACAACCUCUCUGAUAAGAUCAGCGUUUUGACGGGGAAAAUUGAGGAAAUCUCCUUGCCUGAGAAUGUCGACGUCAUUGUUUCUGAGCCAAUGGGUUAUAUGCUGUUCAACGAGAGAAUGCUGGAAAGUUACCUCCACGCCAAGAAGUGGCUGAAGUCAAAUGGAAUGAUGUUUCCAACAUUUAGUGACAUUCAUUUGGCUCCUUUUUCCGAUGAACAGCUCUACAUGGAACACUACUCCAGAGCCAAUUUUUGGUACCAGCAGUGUUUUUAUGGAGUCAAUCUGUCCAGUCUCCGCAAUGCAGCUGUAGAUGAAUACUUUAGGCAACCUAUUGUAGAUACAUUUGACAUAAGAAUUUUAAUGGCCCGGACAGUGAAGUACACCGUCAAUUUUACAGAUGCAGAAGAGGAAGAUUUGCAUAGAGUGGAAAUCCCCUUUGUUUUCCAAAUGAUGCAGUCUGGGCUAAUCCAUGGUUUGGCCUUCUGGUUUGAUGUGGCAUUUGUCGGCUCACUGGUGACUGUUUGGCUCUCAACUGCCCCCACGGAGCCUCUGACUCACUGGUAUCAAGUCCGCUGCCUUCUCCAAACUCCUCUCUUUGCCAAAGAAGGGGAAACUCUUUCAGGGAAAGUCCUGUUCGUGGCAAAUAAACGGCAGAGUUAUGACAUCCAAAUUGUUGCUGUAGUGGAUGAAACGGGCUUUAAGUCAGGCAAUGUCCUUGAUUUAAAGAAUCCAUUUUUUAGAUAUGCUUAGAUUGCGAUAUACACCUGCUGGAAGAAAAACCAGGAUUACCAAACCAAGUAGCCCACGAGAAGUUGAAAGCGAGACUAUCCAGCAGGUUCCUUCUUCCGUGAAACCUAACUGUACAUAUCAAAAGGAAAUAUUUUAUGCAAAUUGUAUAAAAAUAUGUUUGUGCUAUUUCACACACACCCUUCCCCCCCACCCCCCAAGCUGGGCACCCCCAUCUUUAAACAUGCCUGCCUGGAAGUAUUUUUCACUGCGUCCAAUGGUAUUUUCUUGGUGAGUGCAUUUAUUUGGAAAUCCUCCCCGCUUAAAUCAAUGGAAACUGGUCUGCAACUCGCACCCGCCUCUCCUGCCUGGCGAGGGGUCAGGGCUGCUGGGAGUUGCAGACGGAAGCAUCUGAAGCUCCCCAUCUGGUCUCCUCCUGGCCUUCAGGAGGGGAAUGUUGGUCACAUCUUUGAAUGACGCUGUCCUUUGUUCCAGAGGUACCAAAAUACCAUAUUUUUCGCUCUAUAGGACGCACCGGACCAUAGGAGGGGGAGAACAGGGGAAAAAACAUUCUCCCCCUCUCUGUGCAGCGCCCCUUUAGCGAAGCGGCAGGAGAAAUGGAGCCCUUUCCAUUUCUCCUCCCGCUUGGCUGAAGGGGCGCUGCGCAGAGAGGGAAAACUGUGCAGCGCCUCUCCAAUGAAUCGAAGCCUGGAGAGCAAGAGGGAUUGGUGUGCACUGACCCUUCUCGCUCUCCAGGCUUCAGGCGGCUAUCCGCAAGCCUUAGGAGCACAGCGGGAACUCCCGCUGCGCUCCAAGGCUUGCGGAUAGCUGCCUGAAGCCCAGGGAGCGCAGAGGGAGUUGGUGCUGCGCUCCCCGGGCUUCAGGCUGCAGGCUGCUAUCCGCAAGCCUUCAGAGUGCGGCGGGAAUUCCCACUCCCUCUGCACUUCGGAGGCUUUGUGUUGCUGUCGCUGAAGCCAAAGAGCCUGCAUUCACUCCAUAGGACGCACACACAUUUCCCCUUCAUUUUUGGAGGGGAAAAAGCGCAUCCUAUAGAGCGAAAAAUACGGUUGUACUGGUAUCUGAGGUUUCCUUUUUUCAGUUUGUCUAAGACUGAUGCUCCUUGUUUUUCUCUCCCCCCCCCAUCCUUCCCUCCCUUAAGGAAUAUUCUUAACCAAGCCUACCUCAUGUUUGUACACAUACAUAGGAUGUAUGAGAAUACUGUGGACAAUACACCAAGCUCAUACUCAAUGUUUCAGUAUUUGCAAGAGGUAUUUAAAGAUCUGGAGCUUAUUUUCAGCUGGCCAAUAAUGAACCUUUUCCGCCUCAGAGCAAUAUGGCGCUAGGCUCUCCACCCAACCAACGUCUCCUCUAACCUGCAUUGUUUUCAAGCAAUCCUGAACGGUCUUGAGUCAGUCUGCCAGUGACCCUCUUUUGGCAAACCCAUUGAAGAAGGGCAACAGCAGACGACUCUGCCGCCAAUCCUUCUGUAUGGUUCCUACUUUCUGUAGAUAGCACAGCAGCAAUUGUACAUUUAAUCUUUCCAAUAAAAUUUAAAUACGAAAUACAA